GUCUUUCCCACCUCCAAUCCCACCUCCAAUCCCUCCCUCAAAUACACACAAGAGAGGAGAGAGAGAGAGAGAGGGGCGGUAGGUUUGUGUAAGAGACAAUGCAGACGAGAACAGUACAUGUAGGUCAUGUAUCAGAUCUAGCCAGUGAGAGAGAAAUUCACGAGUUUUUCUCAUUUUCCGGUGAAAUCGAACACAUUGAGAUCCGCCGUGAGUCUGGGCAAUCGAAGGCUGCAUUUGUUACAUUUAGAGAUCCAAAAGCGCUUGAAAUCGCAUUGUUGUUAUCGGGAGCCACCAUAGUGGACCAGAUUGUUAGUAUAACUCCUGCUGAAAACUAUGUACCACAGCCUGAGAUUCAGGAAGUAAGACUGGUGGACAAUGCCUUGAGCAUGGCUCAGGACAAUGCUUCACAUGAUGCUGAGGUCAAAGCAACAUCUCCAAGAAGUGGACGAGUGUAUGUUAGUAAAGCACAAGAUGUUGUUUCAAAUAUGCUGGCAAAAGGUUCAGCUAUUGGACAAGAUGCGAUGAAUAGGGCCAGAGCAUUUGAUGAGAAGCAUCAGUUAAGAGCCAAUGCAUCUGCCAAAGUGAGUUCCCUCGACAAGAGAGUGGGGCUUACAGAGAAACUAACAGUUGGAAUCACGGUGGUGAAUGAGAAAGUGAAGUCCGUGGAUCAAAGGCUUCAAGUUUCAGAUAAAACAAUGGCAGCUUUGAUGGCGGCAGAGAGGAAAUUGAAUGACACUGGAUCAGCUGUCAAAUCAAGCAGGUAUGUGACUGCUGGAACAGCUUGGCUGAAUGGUGCGUUCGGUAAAGUGGCAAAGGCUGGGCAAGUCGCUGGUUCAAAAACUAGAGAGAAAUGGAACUUGGCUGUCUCAAAUUUGACUGCAAAGGAUCCUCCUAUUGCCGCCUAAUCCAGAAAUUUAAAGAUACCAGAUAUUGCCAAAGUUUUCAAAUGUAAUGAAGAGAUCGAGUACGUCUAUCAACUUCAAAAUGAUCCGUGAGAUCUCAAGAUUGGAGUUGCAGACACUUGGUGGGAUCGAAGGGUUUGUGCAAUUUUCCAUAUUAAUACCCUUUUAAGUGUUUUUGCAGUCAAUUAUGUAAUUCAAUUCAUUAAUUACUUAUUCAUCAUGUUUUCGUACGUUGUGCUGCGUGUGAGUUCUGCAAUGUUCAGUGUGCAACUACAAAAAUUUGCAUGUGUAAUGGGGAUGGUAUCAAACUAUCAAUCAGUGUGUACGAAAUGUAUGCUUACUGUGGCUGAUGAACUUCC